CCUAGCCUCCCUUUCGCUCUGCGUGCUUUUGAGAACAGCUCUGGGCAGCCUGGAGCAUCCAGAGCUGAACCCAGCCAUCCAUCAUGGAGCGAGCGAGCCUCCUGCUCAGCCUCCUCUUCCUGGGGGAGCAGCUGAGACCCAACCUGGCUUGCCAGCUGCCUUCCGAAUGGAGACCCCUCAGCGAAGGGUGCAGAGCAGAACUGGCGGCCACCAUCGUCUACGCCAAAGUUUUGGCCUUGCACCAGGAUCCCUACAGCAUGUACAACUACUUGCCCUGGCAGUCGGAGGCUUCGGACGGGGGCCUCUUCUACUCCGCCGAGAUCGAGAUGCUCUGUGACCAGGCAUGGGGGAGCAUGCUGGAGGUGCCGGCAGGGUCUCGGAUGAACCUCACCGGGUUGGGCUAUUUCUCCUGCCACUCCCACACGGUCAUGCAAGAUUACGCCUACUUCUUCUUCCUCAGAAUGGAUGAGAAUUACAACCUCCUUCCGCAUGGGGUAAAUUUCCAGGAUGCGAUAUUUCCGGAUACGCAGGAAAACAGGCGGAUAUUUUCCAGCCUUUUCCAAUUUUCCAACUGCAGCCAAGGCCUCCAUGCCGUCACGUUCUCCAGCGAUUGGGAGGUCCAAGAGGACAGCCGGCUCAUGUGCUCCUCCCUCCAGAAGGCCUUGUUGGACGAGGAGGACCACGUGAAGAAGCUGCAGCAGAAAGUGGCCACCUUGGAGAAGCGCAACAAGCAGCUGCAAGGCCGCGUGAAGAAGGUCAAACGUUUGCUGAGGCAGACCAGGAAGAACGGCCGACACAUGGAACUGAUGAACCAGAAACUCAACGAGAAGCUGUCUUCUGCGGGCUCUCAGUUCCCCUACGCGAACGCCUUAAAGCAAGGCCAUUCUCAUGCCACCUACCUGAAAGCGUGAGAGCAACGUUGGCCCUUCAAGCUACAAGUCUUCGUGAUCCAACGGCGUCUCCUUCUCCACCCUAUCUUACCUUGAGGAAGACUCAACGGGCGUUUGAAGUCUUUCGGCUUUCGACCGUGAAGGAUUUCGCACCUCAAGGGAACAUCUCACUGGCUUCGAACCGACUUUCGUAAACGUCAUUCCGUUUUUCCCUCGGAAGGAAGCGUGGGCCGUUGCCUUCAGAGCAGUUGGCUUGAGGCCAACUAGGAAUGGGUCUAAGGACCAUAGUUAAGGGGAGGAGGUGGAGUCUUGGACGCGGAUACAGGAUUACCGGUAGUCCGCGAUUUACAACAGUCCGUUUAGAGAUUGUUCAAAAUGACAAUAAAGUUGGGUGAUGUCCUGUUGUGACCUUCUGACCCGCAACGAAGGGCGAAGACUUAGUUAAUCUUAAUUAGUUAAUGUUAAUUAAUUCAUUUAAUUAAGUUAACUAAGAUUCACUUAAUAGC